UUGAGUACAAAAUAUGAAGAUAAAUAACAAAAUUGAAAAAGAAAAAAAACAAUAAAGCAGUUAGUGAUGGAGAUAUUGAUGAAAUCACAGUUCCCAAACACAAACUGAAAGCCCUAAAAGAAAAAAGGUGAAUGUUCUCUUUUCUUGUCCCCUCUUCUUGCUCUCUCUAAAUCUCGUAUCUUCCACUCUCAUAUCGUUAGAUCCCCCUGAUCUCCUAUCCUUCAUUACCUCUUCGGUGCUAGAUCUACACCACGCCCCUCCCCAAGCUAAAUCCACGCGCCGCUGAUAUGGUUGUUAACUGUAGACCUUUGAAGAGAAUGAAGAGGAGAGUCACUGCCGAUCUCUGCGAUUUCCUCACCUUCCCUUCCGGCUUUGAAUCUCCUCGGGGUCCCUUCAGGACCAAUAUUAAGUCGUUUUUGAUGGAGCAUGCACUUUUCCCUCCUCCAUCCUCUCUUUUCCCUCAUCUUAUGACGUGGCAAAUUUCUUUUAGAGUCGGUGAUCUUACGGAUGGCCUUGAUUCCUCCCCUGCGGUUGUUUCUUUAGAUAUCGUUGAGGAGGAUGUUGCUAGAUCCAGAUCCGUUUACUGCGAUCAGUGCCGUGUCGUUGGUUGGAGUGGGCAUCCAGUAUGCUGCAAAAGAUACCACUUUAUCAUUAAGGCUGAUGGUAAUUCCAUUGGUGGGUAUCGUAAACCAUGCACAUGCUGUGCAUAUGUUUUGCAUGUCUCAGAAUUGAGAUGUAAAAUAUGCAAUCAUGUGACAACUACAGAUGAUGUUGAAGAUUGGGUGUAUCAUCAGUUGGAAGACACUACUCAUCUUUUACAUGGUGUUGUCCAUGCAAAUGGUUAUGGUCACCUUCUUAGGGUUAAUGGCAGAGAAGGUGGCUCCCGGAUUCUUUCUGGAUGUCACAUCAUGGACUUUUGGGAUCGCUUAUGUAAGACUCUUGGAGUCAGAAAGGUCAGUGUUAUGGAUGUGUCCAAGAAGUAUGGAUUAGAAUAUCGGCUUUUACAUGCCAUCAUUAAAGGCCAUCCUUGGUAUGGUGACUGGGGUUAUGAAUUUGGUGCUGGUAGUUUUGCUUUGACUGUUGAUGCCUACAAGUCAGCUGUUGAAACCCUCUCCAGCAUACCAUUGUCAAUUUUUCUUUCUCAAGGGGGGAAACUGCGCACUCAUUUGCAGGAUGUAAUCUCGUUUUACCAAUCUUUGUCAGACUGUGAGCUUGUGAAUACAAGGGACCUGUUCUGCUAUUUAAUAAAUUUGAUCCGUGAUGCUCACAAGUCUUCCUCAAGGGUUGAGGAUUCUACUUCCAGUAAGUGUAAUACUAUCACUGGGGUUUCUUCUUCCUGGCCUAAGAAUGAUGUUGAACGUGUUGAAGAAGCCAUGCUUAGAGUUCUGAAGGCAGUGUCUGAGUCCACCUGGGUAAGUUGGCGUGCACUUAGAGGUGCUGUUUGCAAAGUGGCUCCUCCAAACCUUCUUGAUCAUUGCCUCAAGGAACUUGGGGGGAAAGCAGCUGCUGAUGGAAUGAUUGUUGGUACCCGAUGCAAUCCUGAUUCAGGUGCUUUUGAGUAUAGGCUUGAGCCUGGGAAUCCUCCUUCAAAUUGUACCAUUGGUAUUGGAACUUCUGCCAUUUCCUGUCCGUCUGAAGAAAGCCUCUUGCAAGACCUGAGAUUUCUUUAUGAAUGCUUGCUGCACCCUAAGACUAUGGUGAGUUAUGUAACUGAAGCAACAAAAGAUUUUGCAAGUGGUUCAGCUGAAAAGCUACUUGAUUGCAAGCAAUUUGUGAAAGAGUACAUGGCUGAGAAUAUACCGCCAACUACAAAUCCAUCUGUUUUAUGCCUCUCAUGCAAUGUGGAAAUCAUGGAUGAGAUGGAAGAAAAUUCUCCAAACCACCCACCAGAAUUAAUUGUCUUGCCUCCAAAUGCUACUGUUUCGGACCUGAAGCUUGAAGCAUCAAGGGCAUUUCAAGAAGUGUAUUUGAUGUUCAAAAGAUUCAGAGGUGAAGAGCUUCUUGGCUAUAGUGGUGUAGAUGAUUCCACCCAGGUCAAACUCUUGCUAGAGUCUGUUGAAUGUGUUGUUGUACGGGGGAGAUGCCUUGGGAAAAAUGGUCUUGGUAAAUACAGAAUGGAGAGAGGAAUCGAGAGAUGGACUAUUGAUUGCAGCUGUGGUGCUAAAAAUGAUGAUGGAGAGAGAAUGUUAGCCUGUGAUGUUUGUGGUGUGUGGCAGCAUACUAGGUGUUCUGGUAUUCUCGACUCUGAUUCAGUGCCUGCAAAGUUCAUUUGCCGUCGAUGUAGGGAUCUCAGGCCAAAUAAGCAAAGCCUAGUGCUCUAGUGUAUGUAAAGGAUGAGAUCACAGCUACUGCUGAUAGCUGUCGCAGAAGCUUAAGCUUUGGAGGCAACUCUGUUUUGAUGUUCUCACUGAUGUUGUAAAUGCUGUUUUCAUUUUUUUUUUUUUCUUAUCCUUUUUCUUAUUUUAGUGUUCCUUAAAUGAACUUGUACAUAAGAAACAACCCUGAAAGGUUCAUCAGCUCAGUUCCUCUCUCUUUCCAGUUUUCGUGUUAUUGGCACUUACAUUUUGUACAUAACAAUUUUCUGUUUCUUCAUUGAUAAUGUUAAUGUCUUUUAAAGUUUUUUUUUUUAAA